AUGCGAAAAUUGACUCCAGUCUGCGUGACGGGCACCUACUGCGGGGGCGCCUGCCGCACAGCCUGCACAGGAACCUGUUCCGCAUCAUGUCCUAACAUCCCUGCCUGCAGUCCUGCGUGCUCUGUACAGUCAAGCAUCACCAGCUACACUCCCGUGACUUUGGUCACCCUAAGCGGCGCCACAACAAACGAUUUUGACUUGUCUGGUCAAUUGUACAGCGUGACUGAAGGAACUUACCUUGGCUUUAGGACCUCUUCUACAACUGGCAUCUACACUACUGUGGUCAGCGGGAAUGAUACGGUGAAAGCGCAUCUAAAAGACACCUUACUGAGCUCAGCAGGAGCUAUUCUCAACCUUACCCUGGCCUACAAUCACGACGUGCGGAUCAUGAUACAAGCACACCCAACGGUGAGCCUCCUGCCACCCAUCAUCUGCAUCGCCCCCGCCCCCGUCAACGCCAGCAACGUCCCGCAGCCCUACACGGCUGCCACUGAGCAGUACAUCUACAACACAUCCUUCCUCAUCAGCCUGCAGAUCUCGAGUUGGUUGCACGGAGUCACGAUCAUGAACUCGUCGUCGCCGAUCUGUCAGACCGCCAUCGGUCCAGCGACCGUCGCGCCGGAAAUAUGGAAGGGCUACGCUCAACUUAUGAACUAUUCCGUCUUCAUUCCAACCGGAUCACCCAUAUUUGCUACGAUGGUGGUCGACACCACUUCUCUCUACACCUACCACGAAAACGCCAAUACCACGACCUUCAACUGGACAGUUCCUUUGACCUACGCACUAGAGGGCGCGUACAACAUCACUGGAUACGCCAAGAAUUUCUUGGGAAACGUAACAUUUUCAACAAUUGUUCACGUGGUGCCUGAAGUAACGGAUACAUGGGUGGUAACUGUGAGCUGCCCAUGCUACAACAUCGACCCUUACUUCACGGUCAACCUAACCUUCCCGUCUGCUGCUCAUCCUCCCUGGAAUCUAACCAUAACAAUAGCGUACACUGCGAACACAACAGCCUCUACGGCACUGAGCGACGUCUUUGUCGCCCCUCGGGUGGAAGACUUUGGCACAUAUGAUGGCAAAGGCCCGGGCGGAGCUAGUGGCGCUGCCAAGGAGUUAAAGCUUGGUUACCUGCUGCAGCCUGCGCAAGCCGGCAACUACUCCCUGCUAGUGAACCUUUCCAACGAGGUGUCGGCAGCACAUUUUCCUGUGCAGAUCCAGGUCCUGGAAGGCAUCAGGAACGUAACGGGCGUGGUCACCUGGGUGCUGGACGGAAUAGAACGAGCUGGUAACGGACCAGCCGGUAACAUCUUCGUUUCUAACCUGACGACCCUGGUGACUCCGAGCACCUUGACAGGCACUCCUGAAAAGUGGCGGCUUUACAUCCUGCCGACAAAGGAGGAGAAAAUUGUCGACUACGUCCCAGGUUACAAGUUCAACAUCACCUACCCCGGUGUGGGGCCGGUAACGUUCACCGUAAGCGCGUACAACAGCAAGCAAGGCUGGGUCGUCGCGCCGUCCCUCAACGUGACUUACGUCGACAGCAUCGCUGGCUUCUCCUUAUCUGACGACGGUGUGCUGGGAUCUGUGAAUGUGUCGAAGCCCGUGAUCUCCACAUUCGAGAUCCUCACUCCCGUAUCAUGCCUCAUCAUCAACUGGGGCGACAACUCCACAGAAGAAGCGUUUGGGGACAAACUCACCUGUUCCAGGAGAUAUCCUGAAAUUCCCUUCAAAGGAUACAUCUCCUCAAAUCAGAUCCUGCAACACACUUACACGAAGGAAGGAAUCUUCACGGUUAGAGGGCUGGCAUAUGACCUGAGCAACAACGUGCUGACGUCUCAGUUGGAUGUGGUGGUGGCCGACAUCCCGUGCAAGAUGCCUAACGUGAGCGUGGUGGACGCCGUCAAGCAGGUGUACAACGCGCCAUCACAGAUCAAAAGUCUACCCAUCAGGGUCAUGUCGAACACCAUCAUCGAAUGCAACAAGACCGUCACUGUCAAGCGGUACUGGACAAUAGAAAUGGUCAACAGUACAACAGGAACAACUCUAUCAAUAAAGCCCAUUGAAGGACUUCUGAGUUCCUGGAACUACACAACGCUGGUCGUAGACGCUCUCUUCUUAGACAUCGGCUACUACAAGUUCACUUUCACAGUCGACGUGCAGGCCAGCAAGGUGAUCGCCCUCAUCAGGAGUGACUACACCUAUUAUCAGGUUAUUCGGAGUAACCUGAGCGCUAGUAUACUGGCGGGCGGCAUCACGAGCAUGAGUCGCGCGUACACGCAGAACCUCGACCUCAAGCCUGGCACGGAGAGCGUCGACCCAGACGAGCCGAGCGCGCCGUUCACGGACGUGAAGUGGUAUUGUCGGCAAAUACUUCCUACGGCGGAGAAGCUGCAGGUGGAUGCCCAGAACUUUCCUCUGGACGUCAACACGCAGCCCAUACCCGCCCCGAAGGCGGCGGUCGGCAGAACCGGCGGCGGCUGCUUCGGUGUGGGACCUGGGAUGCUAUCGUACACUGGAGCCGUGAUGACAUUACAGCUGUCGUCAUUUUAUUUGCCUGAGGCCACGUAUGAAUUCACGGCUGUCGUCCUAAAAGACGUGCGACGAGCAAAAGCUACACUAGAACUCAAAGUCGUGGCUCAACCGCCGCCUGAAGUAGCGAUAAGAUGUGCGGUGCCAAGUCUUUGCUUGGCGCAGAGCGACGGCAGACUGGUCAACCCUGCGCUUCGCCUCACUCUUGCCGGCAGCUGUACGGCAUUCUGUACCUCGCCACAAUACUACAGCUGGGCAGUUAGGAAGGACAAUGGCGACUACAUCGUCAUAGACGAGCCGAACUGUGACGCGUCAAAGACAACAUGCCAGCAAAGCUUUGACUCAGGGACUGAUGGGAUGACGGUCAGUCUUUCACCGUCACUCUAUGCGCUCAAUCCAUUAUCGGAAAAAUUCACAGUCCGUCUAACCAUCAUCACCUCUGAUAAUCGGAUCGGGUACUCACAAAUUGUGAUUAAGAAAAACAAACCACCUACCGGAGGGACUUGCAGUGUUACAUCCGUCAACGGUUAUUACUGUCUCCUGUCACAAUUUACGGUGUCGUGCGAUAAAUGGCAGGACCCUGAAGCCAUUGGCAUCUCCGCAUAUAAUUUUUAUUAUCUGGAAUAUAAACUCGACGGGAAGAUCCUUAAAGCAGCCAUGGCCAGUACGUCACAAAAUCGCUUGUCUGCUGUUUUUCCAUACGGAAAUUUCAGUGUGUACGUAGAAGUUUCAGACUCAUUCGGUGCAAACACAGAGUACUUUAUCGGUAACGUUACGACCAUCAUGCCCACUAAAGAUAUGGUGACAGCAUACAACACGACUGCAGUUCUGACUGCUCUUUCCACAGCGGGCGAUUCCGUUCAGAUUUCGAUGUUCAUAAAAGCACUAAACUCUCUAGUAGCAAAUGCCAACUGGAGCGAUAUCUCAGACAGCGCCUUCUUCCAAAAAAAUAUCACGGAGCAAGAAGCGAUGCUUACCGAAUUAUCAGAUUCUAAAUCGCAACAACUGCAGUCCUUGAAAAAUUCAGCUCCUCCAUCCAGCAUCGCCGAAGUCAACGUGUUCUCUGAUGUACUGGACAGCUCUGUAUCUCUUAUUCUAGGAAGUCAAGCUGGUCCCAUGACCGUAGGCAUGGACGCUCGAGAAGAUUGCCUCUCUACGCUGGAAAAGAUCUCAGGUGCCCUGCCUGGCAUUCCAGUGGGAUCAGCUUAUGAGUAUGAACCGUUCGUGAAGAGUGCCCUUGGAGUGAUGACAGCUCUGAUGAAAGGCAUGAAUGGGAUCUUGGAAGCCGAAGAACUCUUGCCACCCAAAGAUAGACAGGCCGCUGCCAAAGGUGCUCUUGACUACGAUGGAGCAAUUCCUGAUGAUCCGAACAUGGAAAUUCCAGAUAACUUGGGCGACAUCUACAAGCAGAGCAUAAUGGAAAGUACCAGUAGACAGAGUAUAAGUCAAUUAAAUCGGAUGAAUGCAGUUGUUGAGUCCAUAAAUACCCAAGUUUCAUCAAAGCUCGUUAAAGGAGAAUCAUUUUCGACACGUUCCAGCUCUGGCGCAUCAAUUUAUAUUGGAAAAAUUGGAGAGGAAACCUUGAAAAAUGGACUCACUAUCCGCUCCCCCAUUGACUUGAACAGUUCAGUCAUUCUUCCACAAGACUUUUGUCCUUCAAUAUUUAGUGAUGAAUAUUCAGAUUGCAGGAAAGAAUUCGGAUUGAUGUUCGUUACGUGGCCUGUUAUCACGCACUUCCAUCCUACGACCCGAGUUUAUUUAGCUAGAUUCACCAAAAUCAUCGAGCUAGUUGUUACCAGCAACGAAAAUCGAGUGAACUUUACAAAUGCGACAAAACUAAUUCAAAUGGAAAUUCCUCGGGAUACUAAUGUAAAUUUGACCUCAUUAUCAGCGAAUGUCACUGAAAAUAUUAAUUCAGCCAUUCCCUUGGUUUUUCAUUACUUCAAUAUAACGGCUCCGCAAGCUGCUUAUUUAAUCGCUGUCAAGCCUUCAUCAAAUACCGAACGUCUCGUUCUUCUUGUUGCUCACGAAAUGUUUCCUGUUCCGGGAAAGUUUCUCUUCAGCCGCCUAAUAGGAGAAUUGCCUUUUGUAGGUGAUUACCACACUCUUUUUAUCGACUCAGACACAAACAACAAUAGAACUGGAAGAUUUGUGGCUGGUGUUGGAAAACUCCUUAAUAAUGCUCAUCCAUCCAAUUUCACUCGUAAAGAUUUAGAUGCAAAAUUUUCUUCAAAUUAUUUUUUCAAAAUCACGAUCGUUGGAUGCUACUUCUAUGAUGAACCGACACGUUCUUGGUCAGCAACGGGUUUGAAAGUGCUUUCUGCUAAUGCAACACACACAAAAUGUGGCUCUAAUCAUCUUACCCAGUUCGGUUCAGGAUUUUUGCCAACUGUGAACGAAAUUAAUUUCGAAUUUUUAAUAGCGAACAUGGGCUUUGUUGAUAAUUCAACUCUCUAUGCUACUCUGAUCGUACUUAUUGUCUUGUUUAUCGUUGCUAUGAUUUGGGGCCACUACAAAGACAAAAAGGAUAUUGAAAGGAGAGGUGUCAUUCCGUUGCCAGAUAAUAAACCCGAAGAUAAAUACAUCUAUGAAGUUACUUUCGUUACAGGCCCCGAUUCGGACGCUCCAUGUGAAUCUCAGAUAUAUUUUAUGGCGUCUGGUGCAUAUGAUGAAACUGAAGUACGAUUUAUGCCUAAAGCAAACUCGAAUCUCUACCGUCGAUACGACAGGAACACAUUUGUGAUGACAACGGCUAGACCACUCGGUCCUCUGCACUACUUGCGAGUUUUCUUAGACAAUAGAGGCAGGUUGCCGUACGAUAGCUGGCAGCUUGAACGUGUUGUGUUCAGAGACCUCCAGAAGUUUGAGCAGUACACCUUCGAAACAAAUGCCUGGCUUGCGCUGAAUCGUGGCGAAGGAUUAAUAGACAGAACAUUCUUGUGCGCCAAUAACAACGAAGAUACCUCAACUUUCUCACAAAGGAUGUACGUAAAUACAAAUAGAAACGCUAAUCAAGACCAUAUCUGGAUGUCAGUUUUCUUACGCCCCAUCGGGUCCCGCUACUGUCGAAAAGAAAGAAUCGUUGUUUGUACGACGUUUCUAUUCGUUUCCAUGCUACUAAAUGCGAUGUUCUACCAGAUUGAAGGAGAGUCUCCAAUUGAUGGAUAUGCGUACAUCGGCCCCGUUCCAAUCGCCUUGUCCCAAAUGUUCAAAGGCUUCAUGGUGAUCAUUUUCGUCUUCCCCUUCACAGCAUUACUUGGAGUUAUAUUCAAAAGAGCUCGUCCGAGAAAAUACGUUAGAUGUAAAGCACUAGACGCCAUCGAGAAACAGAGGAAAACUCAAUUUAUGACGGCUGGAUUGUCAGAGGAAGACGCAUCAGAAAACUCGAAAGUCCCCGAAAAGCAUGACGAGGAGCCCAAACCAAAAAUGAAACCUGUUGUAAAAUGUCUGCCGUGGUGGACACGGCUACUUGGAUGGAUCAUUUGUGCUGUGGUUAUGGCAGGGUCUUUGUUCCUGGUUUGGAGUUAUGGGAUCACUUGGGGAGAGAUUACCACCGUCAAAUGGUUUUCUUCUUUCUUCACGACCUUUUUAGUGUCAAUUCUGGUGAGCCAAUGGAUUAAGGUGGCGUUUGUCUCGUGCUUCGGCAGCCUUUGUUGUGCUCCUGACCACUCUGUGGACGACAUCGACUGCGACGAGGAACUUCCCCAACUGAAGGAAGAUGAAAAAUGGGCUUUCAUGAGUCCCUUGGAUCCAUCCAUUGUGAGGGACGUUCAUAGAGUCAUCGGUGUCACACACGAUGUUGAAAAGACGAAGAAUUUGAGGGUUAAACUAACCAAAGAACGAGACAUGAAAUUUAUCGUCCGCGGAGUUCUAGUUUAUUGCAUCUUCCUCGCCGUGCUGCUCAUUAUUGUUACCGACAAGACUAACUACAACGCUUUCCUGAUGCAAAAACAUUUCAGCGAUACCUUCAUUAAACUUAAAGAUAAUUAUCUUGCAUACGGACGCCCAAACCAGCUGCGUAACACGGACCAGUUCUGGCUCUGGGCAAAACUCGCGGUCAUGAACAUAACUCGAGCGCAGCGGUGGUACAACGGAGCCACGCCCUACGGCCUUCGUGGCUUCAUGGAUGACAGGGCCAACCGGAUGGUGGGCUACCCCAUCCUGCGACAGAUACGCAACUCCCGCUUUGUCUGCUCGGUGCCGUACCCCAUGAACGACACUCUUCCAGAAUGCACUGGCGAUCGAGGCGUGCUUCUAGAAGAUUAUCAAGAUUACUGUGCGAAUUGGGUACUAUUUAAUCAUUCUGAUCCUUCUUGUAAUUACCCUGAGUUCAAGUAUCAAACAUCGAGGCAACUAAAAAGCUUCACAAGUGUGGGUCGUCUCGGAACUUAUGGAGCCGGUGGAUACGUCAUCAGACUUAAUGGCAAUCAAGAAGAUGUCAUUGCAAGGCUGGAUCAGCUCCAAAAAGUUCAUUGGAUUGACAAGCGCUCGCGAGCUGUGAUCUUUGAGUUCUCCGUAUACAACGCCAAUGUUAACUUAUUCAUGACAGGUACGAUUUACUUUGAGAUCAACGAAGGAGGCGGUAUCGUUACUAAAUGGAGGUUUGAACCUGUACGACUUCUCCGACUGGAGAGCAGCGCCAGCGACAAAUUUCUCACGUUGUGUGAGCUUACGUUUGUCGUAUCGACAGUUUUCUUCACAAUUAGGCAGCUGUGGGAAUUAAAGAAACAGAAAUGUGGAUACUUCCUCAUGUACUGGAACAUUGCGGAAAUUUCUAUAGUGCUGUUCUCUUGGGUAGAGAUUGCAUUGUACAUUUAUAAGCUGCUCCUCACCCUUGACGUGUCGCAUGAAUUCAACCAAACGAAAGGCAACGCUUAUCUGCGAAUGGACUACCCUGUACUGAUCGACCAAUAUUACACGUACAUCCUUGGCCUGAUCAUGUUUUUAUCUAUAUUGAAACUGAUCAAACUGCUGCAGUUCAACAAAAGGAUGGACGUGCUUGCUCUCACCAUUGCUCUGUGCUGGGACGAGCUGUCAUAUUUUUUCAUUGCAUUUACUGUGAUCUUUUUCGCAUUCUGCUGCUUGUUCUAUCUAAUCUUCUACCUGUUCCUGCCUCAGUUCUCAACCGUUAUCUCUGCUGUUCAAACCAGUUUCUCAAUGAUGCUUGGUAAAUUCGACUUCGCUGAAAUGCAACAAGCGAAUUCGCUGUCACCUCUCCUAUUCUUCAUCUUCUCAGUUCUGAAUAGCAUGGUCCUGGUCAACAUUAUGCUCGCCAUCAUCUUGAAAGCUUUCAACGAGAUCAAAAUAGAUCUGAGCAAGAGAGAGAACCCCUACGACGUCAUGGACUACAUGUGGGAUAAUUUCAAGAAGUAUCUGGUGCUGCAACCUAACGAAAUUAAUCAAGUUGAAGUGAAUCUGAACAAGAGGGAGCGCGUGGCCGUGCAAUCUGAGAGUGAUCGUGAUUUGCCAGACAAGGUGGGGCAGUUGCUACAGCACAUCAACAGCGUUUACUUCGAUGGGCGCCUGGACCUCUCCGACUCGCAGGCGCUGAAGGAGGCCUUGCACGCGGACGCUCAGAAGAAGCGGGCGCCGAUCUUCCAGCACGACGGCAAGCCCCGAACCAUCUUCUUCAGCGAUUAAAGUUGCUUAAGUGACAUUGAAAACGUACGUACACUUCAGCUUUUGAAAACAAAUUUCGAGCGGUCUUGAUGAUCGGUUUGAGAACUCACGUUUUUCAAGGAUUUACCCUUGAUCAUCUAAGAUUCCUGUCACCUACGUACUAUCAAAAGUAAUAUCACAUUGUUUCCAUUAAAGGCCUCGCGUUAAUCACCUGAAAAUGCGCAAAUUUAUUAACUGUAUUUAACUACAAAAGAAUGAAAUCGCGUAUUAAUCCUAUCAAUAUUUGAAUUUAGGGUUAAUUAAAUUUUUUUACCAGCCAUAAUAUCUUCUCGUUAGUCUUGCAAACAUCCGACUGAUGCCUCACGAUUAUGAGACGUAGAUAAGUGAAUUCCUCUAAACGUAUCGAGUACAUUAAUUUGUUUCGUAUGUCUCGAAUAAAUGCUGGAUCGAUAACAAAAAAUAAAAUGCACGCAAUAGAUAUUUUUGAUAAGUACAACACACAAAGAUUCGUCUUAGUAUUAGAAAUUCCUCCUAAAAAGGACCUGCAGCUAAUGCAAGUGUUUAUCGUAUCUAUUACUUUAUCCAUGUUCGAUUGAUGAACAGAGAAUAACUUAAAAAAAUCUUUUGUUCGUUUUUUCCAAUCAAAGUGUUUUUCGCUGUUGUUGGUUGAUUGAAAAGUAAGUUUACCUAAGAUACGUCAUACGAGUACUUCGAAAUAUCAACGCAGUUUAGAAGAUAACAGUCUUUAUCAUGAGACUCAAGAUUUGGAAUUGUAAUCCAUAUAAGUACCCAAAAUAGGUAAAUUGAAUACCAAUCAAAGGUUAAAUUUAAAAAUUUAUUCCGUAUAGAAUUUAGAAAAACUGGCAAAUCCGUUUGCUUUGGAGAUUAAUAGCUGAAGUCUGAUCCUUCAAUAUGAGGGCUUCUACUGUCUAUAAGUGGGAGGAGUUUAGAUGUACAAGAUUGAUUUCAAUUUGAUAAUCCUAUCCUGAAUCCCGUUGAUUGUAUCCCUCUAUAAUAUUACCGGCUGAAAACAAUGUAACAGAAAACCUUUCACGAAUAUAUAAUAGAUUUUCUUUAUAGUGUUAUGUGUGUGUUUUGAAUAUAAAUUAAUGUAUAGAAGCUACUGUGGCCGGCACAAACAAUCCUUGUCGCGACGUGAUGUUACGUUGCAACAAAUAUUCAACUUUAGAAAAUCGCGAGGCAACGCGGGGUAUACGUGUUGGAUUGGGAAAUCGAUAUCUAAUAUUAUCCAAAAUUUAUACAUACAUGGAUAUAUAAUUUAUGACUACUUAAUUAAAAUUUUCGAAUUUUGGGCCGGGGUCUAAAAAUAGGUUAUUGAGAAACAAAGGUUUGCACGCGACUGCUUGGAAUAGGCAGUACUUUAUUGCUUGCCAGUUUCUUGAAUGGCAAGCGAGUCGCGUAAAUACGAUUUGUUCAUUUAUCUGAGGGAAGUUUCGUAAUGAGUCUGGCCGACCCACUAAAGUGGGCCAAGCUUCUUAAUGUUGAUGCACCGUGUUUACUCACUGUUGUUCCACAACUCAAUUAUGCUUAUUAAUUAUUGAACUGAGGUUACCAUGGAAACCAAUUCCCGCUCCCCAAUGGUAUACAUAUACAUGAUAAUCGUUUUCUUGUGUAUCUUUUUACGCACGGAAGACAGAUGUAAUAUUAUUAUGUUCAGUUUGAGCAACUUUAUUCUAAGUAAUCGAGAACUUUAAGCACU